GCCCGGAGGCUGCCUGCGCUGCCCCGCAGGGGUGCGGUGGGCCUGCGGCACUGGCUGGACGUGGGCGACUUCAACCAGAAGCGGGAGCUGGCUCUCCAGAACUACCUCGACCAGGUGAUCCAGGGCGUCUCUUCCCUGGCAGACGAGCCCGCCCUGGACCGGUUCUUCGCGGCGGACGCCGCCUUGUGCAGGAGCCUGAGCGCGAGCGACGUCCCCCAGGGGACCCUCUCCAAGGACGUCUCUUUCGAGAGCUGCCAGCUCGCGCCGAAAGAAGAGGCCAUCGCUCUGACCACCAGCGCGGGGUUUCGGCUGCCAUUCUUAGCGUGCCAACGUGUUGUUCGUAUCUCUUUUUUGGAUGCGCGCCUUUGUAAUUCCCAUCCAGCUUCCGACAUAGGACGUAGUUUUCUCACGGCGGCGUGGGAGCAAUGCGCCCCCGUGCGAGGAACCUGCUGUGUAUGCUCUGAUUGA